AUGCUUUCCUUCUCACGUCUUGCAGCGAGUGUGCUGGCCGCACUCGUCACCUUGAGCAGCGCUCAGGAUAACCGAACCGUACAAGCUGGAGCUUACAUAUUGACGGAUGACCUUUCUUACGAAAAAUUUUUCUCGGCUUUUGACUUCUACAACGGCACAGACCCCACAAAAGGGUUUGUUCAAUACCAGAACCGGGACGACGCUAUUAAUCAGGGACUAGUUGGAUAUCUGGAGGAUACCAAGUCUGUCUACAUUGGCGUGGACUACACGACAAAGGAUCCUUCUGGCCGCGCCUCGGUUCGCUUGGAGAGCAAGAAAAGCUUCAACGAGGGUCUGCUCAUCGCCGACAUUCGUCAUAUGCCCGCCUCUGUUUGUGGAACUUGGUUGGCCAUGUGGAUGCUGUCAUCUUCAGCAGAGUGGCCGAACGGUGGAGAGAUCGACAUCAUUGAAGGAGUGAACGACUACGACUCAAAUUCCGCUACACUUCAUACCUCCAAGGGGUGUAUGAUUGACAACGCCACAGCACCCACCGGUGGUUCUGGAGGUACUGGGGAUGUCAAUGCGCCAUUCACUGGUCUUAUGACUACAGAUGACUGCGAUGUCAAUGCACUAGGCCAAGGGAAGAACGUGGGUUGUUCGAUCCAUGCCCCAACCACUAUGCCUGGUCGACAGAUAAGUGGUAGCGGCGGUACUGACACAAGCGAUGGAGAAGUGGCUUUCCCUUCUUAUGGUACCGACUUCAACAAGGCUUCCGGCGGCGUCUACGCUGUGGAAUGGACAUCGACAUCCAUCUCAGUCUGGUUCUUCCCACGAAACUCACCUACCUUCAACCAACACUUUUCGUCCAAUACCACAGCACUCAACCCCUCUUCUUGGGAUACGCCUAUGGCGCAUUUCUCAGGUAGUGGCUGCGAUUUCACACAGCGUUUCAAGGACCUCAAAAUCGUUUUCAACACUGAUUUUUGUGGCGAGUGGGCGGGUAAAGAGUGGGACACAUGCGCGAAGAAGACUGGCGUCUCCACUUGCAAUGCCUAUGUGCAGAACAACCCAGAUGCCUUUCAGGAGGCUUAUUGGGAGGUUGCGGGAUUGAAGUGGUUUCAAAAGGCUGCUAGUUAG